GAUGGACAAUGAAAAAGAGUAAUCUGUUCUCCAUUUGUGGUCUGGUGUCGGGCGGGGCCACCUGAACUGAACUGUCCUGUCCUGGUGAACUGCCAACGCCAUACAAAUACGAUACAGAGUUCGGACAAGCAAGCUGUGAGCCAGCCAGCCGGCCAGUUAUGCUCUCAUGCCAAAUUUCCCCCGCGCUACCGUCAGCCGGCUCUCCCCGCUCUCCGACGUUGUUCUCUACCCAUCAUCAUCGUCGUCGUCGUCGUCGUCGUCCUUCUCUAAGUAACGCGUUCAAAUCCGAGAUGCACCUGCCCUUCCGACCAUUUCAAGCGGAUUUCAAGGCGAGAAUCGCUUGUGGUAAUGAUGAGGAAGAAGACGAAGAUGAAGAUGAUGUAGCCGGGCAACCAAAGCGAUUCAUUCAAAUCCCCAGACAGAAAUACAUCCCCGUCUCAAAGUCAGAGCUUUUGGAUGCCAUUGCCAUGUCCAUGUUCGACACUCCAGAAGACGCCCGCCAGUUCCUCGACGUCUCAUCCUGUCUCGAUUCUGUGCUUCACGCGGAGCAAAAGGGUAUCCUGGAAGAAAUGCGGGCCGAUUAUUCUUUCUUUACUGCUUUUGCUACGAGGAAGGAUGGAGAUGCAUACGAAGAUGAUACCCUUUGCAGAGUUGCUAUUGCUACUCGUUUCCAGCGGGCUUUGAUGGGACUCCUUAAGGAUGCUCAGUUUGAGGAGCUAUCGACUAAGGAUUUGAUGUUGGUCUCUGCAUUGAAUACCGACUACCUUCUUACUCUGCCUAUAUCCGUGGACUGGAAGAAAGCCUCUCAGUCCAAUGCAAUAAUUUUCAGGCGGGGAUACACAACCGAAAAGCAGAAGGGCUUACUACUAGCUGAAAAGCUGGAUUACAUACAGUCCAGACUUCUUCAGAGAAUUAUCUUUGUCAUAUCAAAACCACUAGCAAAAGUUGCCUCUUGGAUGUUUGAGACCAUUGAAAGUAGUGAUUCAACUCAACAAAUCAAAGAUUUGGCCAACAAAAUGAAGCACCGGUUUUUGGAUGUUUCGGAUUUCCAAAGGUCAUAUAUUCAUGAGGACAAAAACUGGGGUGAUAAGCUUCAAGUGGGAUCAGAAUCAGUUCAGGAGCUUCCAAUCUGGGUCGCAGCACAAAGGGCAAUAGCACAUUACGAAGCUUUUCUUUCAUCAAAUGGGCCUCGUGGAAGGCUUUUGCGGAAAUUCCUUACAUGGACUGGACUAGCAGCCCCUGCACCUGAAACACAAUUUGAGCUUGAGAAUGAUAACAAUGCAACAGACCCUUACUUAAGGCCAAUUCUUUUAUCAAGGAUAUCACUAGGCGAUAUAUGGAAGCCAGCGGCAGAGAGAUGGUAUGGAAAUGAUAUUUGGGAAGCAUUGAGAACCUCUGUUUCCAUUCUAUUCUCGCAAUCUAUCCUGCAGGAAGCAGCGUUCCAGGAAUUGAUGUUGCUUUAUAUUAAAGAAAUGAAUGAAAAGGAUGUCAGUGCUGAAUCUGGGGUUGGAUUGCAAUUAAAAAUCUACAAGUCAAUCCCCAUACCGGAUUUGCCUGUCAUUUUCCCUUACAAGAAGCUAUAUUUUCGCAUUAUAGACUCGGUUCGCUUGGAUGUUGCCACAUUGUUGGGACUUCUUGCCUACAUCAUAAACUACAAAUUCGAAGAUAUCCGGUCUUCUCCGUCGGCAAUACUUUUUGAUGCAAUUGCUAUUACUGCUCUUAUAGUAUUUGCGAUCCGCGUGGUGUUGGGCUAUAAACAGACGUCGGAUAGGUAUCAACUAUUGGUCAACAAGACACUUUAUGAGAAAACAGAAGCUAGUGGUUUCGGCUCGGUUCAUUUUCUUUUGGAUGCAUCUGAACAACAGAAAUUCAAGGAAGCAAUUUUGGCAUAUGCAAUCCUGCUUAGGGCUAACAAUAGCCAGAUGAAUUGUCGACAGAGAAUUGGAGAUGAAUGUGAGAGAUUUGUGUACAAUAUGUUCAAGCAGCAGGUGGAUAUGCCAGUUGACAAAGCAUUGGAAACUUUGUUGAGAUUGGGUCUAGCGACUGAAACAUAUGCAAAUGGAAGUACCUCUCUACAGGCCAUUCCCUGUCCUAAGGCAUGUCAAGCCCUUAAGGAACGUUGGAAUACUUUUCUUGUCUAAGUUUGACAGGUCUUUUAGCUGUUGAAGUCAAACAUUUUGCCUAUUUACUGGAGGAAGACAGGUAGGCAGAAAAUUAGCAUCUGUUUGUAAAAUAGAUUUCAUGUCUUUUUUUGGGUAAAUGGUAGUUUAGAUUUUAUAUGUUGAAUUGCAUGAAUACAAGAUUUCAUGUAAUCUAGAAGCCAUAUUUGUUCAUAUACCAAAAGGUAUAGAGUAUGUAAAGUACAACUAAAUUGGAUUGAAGUCUAUGAGAAUUUUCUUGGUCGGUAUGUACGAUCUUCAAAAUCAAAGAUGCAGUCCCACCCCUCCACUUUCGCGUUGGCGUAUCUGGGCUCCUGGAGGUAGGACCUCUGUCACCUUCCCCAUCAGAAGUUAAUUUGUUUACAUCUCUCAAGAAUUGUCCUGUCUACUCUCUCAAGGCUCUGUAGUGGGAUCCUCGUUUCAACCUGGUCAAGGGAGUCCAAUAUUGCAGGUACACUUUCCUCUCCUGGCAAAGGUUAGAUAUUGCUCAUUCAGACCAGAUCUGGUCGGAUGUGACCAGGUACGGCCUGAGCUAAUUAAUAUUGGCCGGCACGGCCUGACCUUUGGCAGAUUACAUCAACUUCUCUCUGCCGCUGGGGGUUUAAACCAGUGUGGUUCUCAUGUCCAUAAGCCUUAGUGGUUUUGGUUCAGCCUCUCUUGGUCUGAAUUGCAUAUUACAAUUAUGGAAGGUUUUCGAUAAUGACAUUAUGGAAGUUGGAAAUGCAAGUCAACACCCAAUUAGAAGAUUGACCAUUCAUUUAGACCUCUUCUGAUUCAGACUAGUCCUGUCGUUCUUUCCUUUUCACAAUCACUGGGAUGAUAUAAUCUUCUGGCAUCAUCAUCAAACUAGCUUUACAUGUUACUGCAGUUACUCAAAGGACUUGAAUAAUUGGCCAAUAUUUGUUUUUAAUCAUCUUACUACUUUGUAGGUCUUUGGACAGGUUCAAACUGGAAAGGAAAGGAACAGGUAUUUCAAAGAAGGUGAAAAUGACUCACGUCAGGAGAGUGAGUGGUUCUACGCCUUGUAUAUCUUCUCGGUAGUCCCAACAUAUAUAUUGGAAGAUUACGUGAAACCUUUAUGUGUAGCUAUAGGUGUUGCUCACAUUUAAAUGUGCAGUAGCAUGACAUUGGUUCGUUCGUUGAAAAAAUUAAGCAGCCACGGGUGGUGCGGAGCAUGUGGUAGAAACCAGGAGCAGGGAGUAUGAAUGGAUUUAUGAGCUACAUAGCAGAUAACAUAUAGUUACAAGUAAGGGCACAAACGAAUUUCUUCCUUGUACCUAGACUCUCUUAGGCAUGCCUUAGGUUUGAUUCUUGCCACCAUGUGACUAACGGCCAACGUGAAGCUCGCUCACUCUCUUCUCGUUCACUGUUAGCCUGAGAUGGAUGGGAGCAGGAGAAAGUAGUUCCGCCCAUGAUCUAUAGGGAAAUUGUUUUGCUGCUGCUUUCUGUUGUAUGUACACACGUGGGGAGGUGGAAGCCGACUUUGAGCGAUCGAGGACGGGACCCAUGAUCUAUUGGGGCAUGUAGAAUGGUUGAGUUACCUUCUUCCUGUAUGCUUCAUGUAUGGGGAUACGGAGAGGCUACCUUGCUGUUCCUUAUCGCCUUCUCGCCGGGAUAUGCUAUGUGAACUAUUAUGCCAUUAUUGACUGCUAGACUGACGGUCUCAAGCCACUCUUCCCAAACACAUUCACAAUUCUGAUCUACGUUCAAUUGCUGUUCCA